AACUAUUGAAAACCACCUUCCAAAAGUAGUGUUAAGUAAUGGACGGAGUCCCCCCUUGUAAUUCAAAGAAGCUGCUCUCAAAUUCAGUUUCCCAAAUUUCUUGUUUGGGUCUUUAAUGGCAUAUGAUCUCAGGAAAAGAACGGAACCGCCUUACGGCCGGUCGGCAACCACUGCUCCUCCUCCUCCCAGCCAUCAUCAUCCGAUGUACGGUCAACCUUCCAGCCUUUACCCUCGGGUCGGCCAACACUCCGUCGUAAACCUCCCCGGGCGUUUUCAUCCCACCUCUUCACCAUCGUCCACUUCCGGAAUCGGCAUCAGAGUUGCUAUAAAACCAGAAUAUCGGAUUACGCCUCCGCCUCCAUUGGUCCCACAAGUAGGAGACAUUCCUCGAUGCACAAUUCACUUUGAUUUUGACCUUGAGAAGAAGAUUUUAGUUGAAGCAGAAAAGGAAACCCAAAACUGGAGCAGGCUAGGUCUGGACAAUCUUCCAUCCAGAAGGUCAGACCAAGCUUCUAUGGCAUCCUCUGGAGAUCCUGUUAUGAACAAAUACAUUGCAUUGGGUCUCAACAGAGAGGCUGUGCCUCUUGCAGUUGCAAAUUAUGGAGACAAUCCAACCAAGGUCAAAGAAUUUGCUGACGGUUAUACUCGCUUGAAAGAAAUGGGAUUCUCAUCAAAUAGUGCUGCAGAUGCCUUGCUAAUGAAUGACAAUGACACAAACAAGGCAAUCCCAUAUUUGCUAAACAAUCCAUCUUACUAAUGCCAGGAGUUGUGAUGCUAUUAUAAACCACAGCAAUACUGCUAUUGUAAAUUUGUUAUACUUUGUUUUGAUAAUGCUUAUUCAAACUUGCAGUUAGAGAGAGACCCAUGUUCUGAUAUCCCGGUUUGUAGUAAAAUAACUUUGGAUAUACUCA